AUGAUUGUGCAGGUAAUCCGUUUAACAUGCGGAGGAUUUGUUUUCGCUGCUCGCAUGAACCACACAAUCUGUGACUCAUUGGGGUUGGUGCAAUUUCUGACCAUGGUGGGUGAGAUUGCAAGAGGUGCUUCCAUAACCAAGUUCCCUGUGUGGCAGAGAGAGUUAUUCAGUGCAAGGAACCCACCAAGAAUCACAUGUGCACACAACGAAUAUGAAACCCAACAUUGCCAGAAAGAAACAUGGGACACCCACGAAAUGGACCAUGGAUUAUUUUUCUUUGGUCCCAUAGAGAUUGCAACCCUUCGGAGUCACCUUCCCAUGCACCUCCAAAAUUCUUCAACUUUUGAGGUGCUCUCUGCCUGUUUGUGGAAAUGUCGAACCAUAGCACUUGGGCUCAAACCCAACGAGAGUGUGGGCUUGUCACCCUUUAUUACUGCUCGAGGCAAAUUGGGCCAACAAGUGCCCAAUGGGUAUUAUGGCAAUGCCUUUGCCUUCCCAAUGGCUCUUGCCAGGGUCGGGCCUUUGUGCCAAAACCCAUUGGGGUAUGCAUUGGAGUUAGUAAAAAAGGCAAAGGCUCAGAUGGGUGCGGAAUAUGUCAGUUCUGUGGCUGAUCUUAUGGUUCUAAAGGGUCGACCCAAGUAUAGGACUGAAGGGAACUACCUUAUUGGGGACACUACUCAUGUGGGGUUCUAUGAAGUGGAUUUUGGGUGGGGGAGUCCUAUAUAUGGAGGACCUGCUGGGGCUAUACCUUUUGUUAGCUUCUAUGGACGUUUUAGGAACAGUGAAGGAGAGGAUGUAAUUGUGGUGCCAAUUUUGUUGCCACACCAUGUCAUGAGGAGGUUUCUCUCUGAACUGGUAAAGAUCACAAACAAGGACCCUAUGGACUUUUCUGAUGAGAAUAUGCCAAAUAGGUCCAUGCUGUAACUCUGCUGUAACACUAAAUUUGUAUACUGUUAGUAUAAGCAAACUAUUUCCUAAUAAAAUAUAGUUCUGUAAGCUUUAA